CAUUCAGCUGUUAUUCUGAUUUGUUGACACGAUUUUGAGGCAGAGGGUCCCUCGCCCAGCCAAGAGCCAAUAUUCUAAUUUCGCAGUGCAUUUCUUUCACGUGUUUUAAUUUAUAAAACUAUUCAUUGAAUCGAACAAAAUGUUUAGUAUUGCAAAACAGUCUUUUCUGUUUGGAAGGAAGCUGGCAGGCAUUUCAGUUCCAAGAGUUUGUUUUUUACAUUAUGGAGCUAGUAGCAAUGUGGUAGCCAAUGCAGUGAAGUUUGGAUCACAUGAUGGUCAAAGGCGACCUACAGCGAAAAUGCCCAAGUUAACUGAUAUUGGUUCUCGCACCUUAUUUGGUCCAGAACAAGAUUCUUUUAGAGAGACUGUGAGGAAGUUUUUUCAAAAAGAGAUCACUCCUCAUAGUCAAGCGUGGAAUGAGCGUGGGUAUACUGAUAAAGAAAUUUGGGAAAAAGCUGGAUCAUGUGGAUUGCUAGGUAUCAACAUACCAGAAGAACAUGGUGGUAUUGGAGGUUCUUUUGCCGAUGCAUGUAUUAUAAUGGAAGAACAAGGCUAUGCUUCAACAGAUGCACCAGCCUUCCCCGUUCAUUCUAAUAUUAUCAUGCCUUAUUUUAGCAAAUAUGGAAGUGAAGAACAAAAACAAAAGUAUAUCCCAGACAUGACAGCUGGAAAAAAAAUUUCGGCUAUCGCCAUGACUGAGCCAGACGCUGGAAGCGAUCUUCAAGGGAUCAAAUCAUUUGCGCGGAAGGAUGGGUCAGAUUACAUUCUUAACGGAUCCAAGAUAUUCAUCAGCACCGGGUGGUUAGCCGAUGUCGUUGUAGUUGUGGCAGUAACCAACAAAGAAGCAAAAUCAGCAGCUCAUGGUAUUAGUUUGUUCAUUGUUGACGCAGAUACUCCUGGAUUUAAAAAAAGCUGGCUGAUGAAGAAAAUCGGCUUGGGGGCAUCUGAUACUGCGGGUUUGUUUUUCGAAGAUGUCCGUCUUCCAGCCAGUGCACUGCUGGGAGAAGAGAAUAAAGGAUUCUAUUACCUAAUGAAUGAAUUGCCGCAGGAGCGUUUGCUCAUCGGCGUCCACGCUUGUGCUCAAUCCGAAUUCAUGUUUGAAGAGACAAAACAGUACGUGAUGCAGCGCAAAGCCUACGGCAAAACACUUUCCAACUUGCAGACGAUUCAACAUAAACUCGCCGAGAUGAAGACCGAGAUUUGCGUGGCACGAGCUUUUAUCGACCAGUGUAUCGCGCUCCACGAAGUGCAACAGCUCGACGCCCAAAUGGCUUGUAUGGCCAAAAUCUGGGUCUCAGAGUUGGAAAAUAAGAUUGCAGCCCAAUGUUUACAGUUACACGGAGAAGCCGGAUACCUUUACGAUACUCCUAUCGCUCGCGCUUACCUUGACGCCAGAGUUCAGACCAUUUACGGCGGGAGCAACGAAGUCCUAAAAGACCUCAUCGCUCGCCAGAUCCUAGCGCCUGCCAAGAAAAUAUAAUUGAUAUUGCAACAGCGCACGAGUAAACCGUUUACCCGUAGGAGACGGCUAAAGAUUUCAAAAAUUUGUGGAAGGUGCCUAUUUUGAGAGGUAAGUGAGGACACUAUUGGUUGGGGUGGGACGUUUGCUUUAUAAUCCUUAAAAUUUGCAAAAAAAUUUUCAAAAAAAUUUAAAUCGUGUUUCCCUAUAUCAAUUCUAUAUGUCUGUAAAAAAAUUUGGAAUUAUCGUGUAAAUUGAGAUUUACAUUUAAUGAAAAAAAUAGCUUAGCAACGCCCCAUUUGAGGGCGGAGCUCCCUGCCUAUCUAAACUGCAGUAAAAUUUGCUGUCCUAAAUUCCCGAUAUUCUGUCUUUUUUUAAAUGUCUAUAUUUCUUAAACUAAUGGGUCUAAAAUUCC